AUGAAUGCGUAGAAGACAUAAAAUAAUACAUAAGUAGGUGUAUAAGGAAAUGGUAUAGGUGGAGGAGAAAUUGGUACAAAGUUAGAUGCCAAGAAAAAGGAUAAAUAGAUGAAUAAAUUUAUAUUAAAAUUCAAGGAAUAGUAGCUUGAAGAUGACUUCAACAAUAGCCAAGCAAAGUAGCUUAGUAGAUAUUCAUAUAUUACAUUUAUAAUAGCUGUUAUCCCGCUUUUAUUCACUUUUUUUCUACUGCCAUUUUACUAGAGAAAAGGAGGAAUGCCUGCUAAAAUCUAUGUUUAUUACAUUAUCCCUAUUGUAGUAUUUAUAUCAAAUAUAGUUGUUUAAAAAAAAUAUCCAAAUCUAUUUGAUUACACUCACUCUACGAUAGUUCUUAUUUUGCAUCUUUUGAUUUGCUGGCAAAUGGUUGAUACUGAUAUCACAACAUUUAAUUCAUUUAGCGAAUUCUAUAAAGGUUUUAUUUUUGCAAACGUUUACAUCUUUCUGUACAUAUCUGCCAAAUACACAACAAAAAUAAUUUUGAUUCUAGUGGUUAACAUAUCUGCUAUAUUUAUAUUCCCGCAUCACUCUAAUAUUUGGAUUUUGAUUAUUGCCCAAUCCUUUCUUAUGCUCAUGCUACUUGUUAAAUUUUACAAUGAAGACUUAAUGAAAAGACACCUUUUUAUGCAAACACGCAAGUAGAACUUAUGGGACUCGAUUAUAGAAGAGUUCUUACCAAUAAACCUAAUUGUAGUUAAAUAUAAUAAGACUACUCAAAGGCUAGAAUUGACAUAAACUAAUAAAUGUGCCAGCAGAAAACUAAGAAUUAUAAAUGAUGAUGAUCUUUAGCACUUUUUAGAUAGAACAAUUAUUGAAACGAAUGAAAAUACAACAACAUCUUUCAUGAAUAAUAAUAAUAAUAUAUUAUCGCCAACAAAUAAUAACAUCUUAAUGGAGGGGAAAAAUGGUUCAAAAACUGGAAACCCCCCGUUUCAAAGACAAGCAACUUAACUUCCUAAAGGAGGGCAGAUUGAUUUAUCAAAAAGUCUAAAUCUUGGAUUUACCCUUAAUUAAAAUGGAACUACGAAAAAUGCUCACAGCGAUAAGUUCACUCUAAAGAAGCUACUAAAAAACAAACUAGUGAAAUAGUUAGAUCAAAAAAAUUAAAGCGCUUAAUAGCAGUAAGAGUAAGAGAGAACUCGAAAACAGAGUUAAGCAGAUGGUUUUAAUGGGGAUACAAAUCUGACCAAUAAUCCUAGAUUAACAAAUAACACUUUUGAGAAUCUUGAACAUUACUCUGCUAAUUUGAUAACUGAUAAAGGUAAUUCUAAGAAACUUACGAUUAAAGUAUUUACAUUUUGUUUAGUUGAUAACUAUGCUGUUAUGACAAUUGAAAGUGAGAGCUUUAAGUCUAAAUUUAGAAAAUAAUAAAAAAAAAAUGAGUUUCACUAAACUUUCCACAAGGAGAUAAUGCAAAGAUUUGAAAAAAACUGUAAGAAAAUAGUAGUUUAAUUAUAAUCUUAAUUAAAAUCUAUGAAGCAGAAGAAGAAUAGUUUAGCUUCAAAACUUAAAUAAAGCCUACAAGUAGGCUACGAGAUGUUAAUACUUAAUAAAAAUGUUAGUGAUUUCAUGAUGCAAUAAGAGAGAUCUUAGAAGAAACAUUAAGCAGGGAAAAAAAAUAAUAAAUUUUAUUCUUCAAAUAAAUUAGGACUAAAUUCUUAAAACAAAGCUACAUUCUCAUCAAAUAACUUAUUCACUUUUAAAAAGCAUGUACUUGAUGUGUGCGAAUUUAACCCAGGAAAAGAAUUAUUUGGAUGGCUGAGCAUAUUCCAGUCUAAAUUAGAAGAAAAAAAGUUACUUAUUUUUCACGAAAUAGAUGAAUCCUUAAAUAACAUAAUCAAUGACAAGAAUAAGUUCAAUUAAAUUAUAUUUAAUUUACUCGAUAACGCUAUUAAAUUUACUCCCUUAAAUGGGAAAAUUGCAGUUAUAAUUAAAAAAAAUUUAAUUUCUAGUUAUGUUUUAGAUAUUCACAUAAUUAAUUCAUUAGAAAAGGAUUUAGACACUUUUGCACUUACAAGAGAUUUAGAAUAGACUUUGUAAGAAUCUAACUAAAAUAGUGUAUAAAAUAAUUAAAAUGGAGAUGAUGAUUAUUACAAUGUUCUCAAAAAAAUUAAAUUGGGUAUUCCCGUCUCAAGGAAUCUCAUCUAAUAGAUAGGUCCCAACAAUGAGCUGAAUUAUAAGUUCAAAAAUAACUAAAUAAUCCUGCAUUUUUAAAUAUUUUCUGACAUAAGAAUUCUUAAAGAUAAUCACUUGGAUGAGAGCCAUGCAAAUUUUUCUAAAACAAAAUAAGAAAAUGCAUAGAAUGGAGAGCAUAACACAUCUUACAAAAAAAACCAUAGUAUUAAUUCAGAUAGACUACAACAAAUAUAAAAAAGAAAUAAUUUUUGUGCCUAAAAAUCUAGCACAGCUAACAUUAAAGAGUCGAAAAGUAGUAGCAAUCAAUUUGUUAUAAGUUCUUCUUUUACAGAUUUUGGAGUUAUAGGAUUAGGGAAGCAAGCAUCUUUAGGUUAGAGAUUUAAUCACUAAAAUUCAUUAAGCUCUUUGAAUUCUCAAACAUAAGGACCUCUGAUAAUUAAAAGAUUAAAUUCAAAUAAUCAUUAAAGCAAUUAAAGCCCUUAAAUUAGCGGAAGAACUUAGUUAUCUUCCAUAAAAAAUAAAUCUAGAUCUCUUUCUAAUCCAUUUUAGUCUCAAAAUGGAUUUCAAAGCAAUAUAGUAAAUGGAUUCAUGUAUGACUUUCUUCCAUCGAUAAAUGAGCUCAUGAUUGACAUUAAAAACUCUCCAGAUCCCUAGCCUCUUCAGACAUCAAAAAAGCUUCUUUAGGAAAUAAAUAUGAUUCAAUAAGCUUAAUAACAAAAUUAGUAUCCAAAUUAGAUAAAUUUCAAUAAAUAAAACUUUGCAUCAACAGAACGAAAUGAUAAGUUAAAAAAUCACAUAUCAAUAAUUUAAGAAAGCAUAUCUGAAAAUGCAGUAGAAAACAGUAAUCACAAUUUCUUUUUUUAGAAUCAAGCCAAUGGUUUUAAAGGAGGUAAUAAACUCUUGCAAUCCCAAAAGAAUCUUCUAAAGGAAACUGAAUUGGAAAUUAUAAAAUCGUAGCAAAUAGCUCAUUCUGGAAACAAUUAAUAUAAUUAAUCGUUCUAAUAAAUAAGUUAACAAUAACUAGCAACGUCCCCAUCAAGCUUAACUGAUCCAGUUUCAAAUUUUUAAACUAUAUAAAAAAAUAUUAAACUUAAUUCUCCUGAAAAGCAUUAUGUUAAUGGUGAAAGAAUUAAUCAAUCAAAUGUAAGCUUAAAUUUUAAUGCAAACCAAAGUCUAUUGAAUGCAAGUAAUUCUAAACUUAUUUUAAGCAAUAAAAAUAAUAAUAAAUAAAUAAAUGGCAAUAUUACAGGAUAAUAAUAAGAUGCAAAUAAAGGGAACAUAUUUUUUAAAGACAUUAACAAUUAGCUCGAAUAAUCUCAUUUAGUUAAUGAAUUAUAAAAUUCUUAUUAAAAUUCUGUUGAAAUAUUAAGUUAAAUUUAAAGCAAAGUACAAAAUCCUUACCUUUUAGAGGCUUAAGCUGGGAUUAAUCCUCAACGACAUAGUAUUCAAAGUAAAAAUAUUUAGGAUUAUCUGGAAGAGAAUAGCUCAGCUAGGAAAGAUCACCUGCCCUAUAUUCCUAAAAUAAGUUCAUAACAAGAGUAGGAUAAUCAAUUGAGCUUUGAAGGCUGGCAAAAUGUGGAUGAAUAACAUAAUGAUUCAUUUUAAAAAUGGAUGGAAAUUUCUACUUUAAGAAAAUAUAAUGAAUUAGAAUUUAAUACAGCUUUCAAACCUCUUUAAAAUAAUAAAAUUCUUACCAAUUAAUAAAAGUAUAUAAUCUAAAACCAAGCAUAGAAUAAAUAAUUUAAAGAUGACACUACAAAUAAAUUAAACAGUAUAUCAAAUAUUAAUUAAUAGAGUAUUAAUUUUAAAUAAUGA